GACCAAGAAGAGAGCUUGAGGAGGAUGGUGCGUCUAAGCAGCCUCGUCCUGCUUCUAACCUCGAUGGCCACGGCUGACUUUGUCGCGAACGUGACGACCGACGUCCCAACGCUGGCGCCGACGCUGGCACCGACGACUAUGCCCGUCAUCACGAUUGCCCCAGAGACGCGACCGCCAACAACAACACCGACGCCGACCACGGAGACGCCGGUGCCCACGACUGUGACGGUCACGCCGCUGCCAACGACCGAGACUGUCGCGCCCGUGACGACGCCAGUCGCCACGAGCGCCACGACAGCGCCUGUGACCAAGACGCCCAAGCCUACGACACGGGCGCCGACGCCGACGCCCGUGGUCUCGUCGUCGUCGUCGUCGGGGGAUGCAGAGACGGCAGCGCCAACGCAGUCGGUCAAGGCCAAGACCAACGACAACUCCGACUCGAGCGACUUGUAUUUGUACAUUGGUCUUGGUGCAGGCGGCGUUGUGCUCGUCGCACUCGUUGUAUUCAUUGCAAUGAAGCUGCGCGACCACGAAGACGACGAUGACGAUGACGACUACAAUCGGAGUCCGUCGAGCUACAAGGGGUCGGGCCGCGCGCCGGCGUACAACAACAGCUCGGCUGGGUACACCAACCAGGAGGCCGCGGCCAAGGCCGCCGCGUCCUACGCAUACGCGAACGCCCAGAGCUACAGCAAUGCGACGCCCAGUUACAACAAUGCGACGCCGACUUACAGCACCAACAACGUGACGCCUGGGUAUGCAUCCAACCAAACCAGUUUCGGCGGUGCACCAGCAUACGCCAACCAGCCAAGCUUUGGUGCGACCAGCAACAACCGCAGCUUUGGUGGUACUGCCGUGCCCAUGUCGCGCUACCAACAGCAGCAGCAGCAACAGCAACAAUACGACACGACCAACUACAGCUCGCAGCAGUACUACCCGCAGACGAUGCAGACGUCGCCGGGCCCGCACCGCGCACCACCGGCGCCCGUGGCUUCGUUCCGAUACGAAGAGCCGUCGUUUGCAGAGAGCACGUACGAGUUUAACGACUCGAUGGCAUCGCGCGACAGCCAAAUGACCGACGUGUAUCGUUCGCCCCGCAACCGGAAAUCCUCGAUCGAGCUGUAAGCUUCCAAGACCCGUCCCUCUGUACAGACCACCAUACCCUAAUUCUAGUUAAUAUCAACCAUUGUAGUAAGUUCU